CUGACUCGACGAUGCACACUCAGUUGGUGGGCGUGCUGUUGGGUCUGCUGGGCCUUUUGGGAACGGGCCUGAUCUGCGGGCUGCCCGCCUGGAAGGUGACAGCGUUUGUGGGGUCUAGCAUUGUGACGGCUGAAGUCUUCUGGGAAGGCUUGUGGAUGACAUGUGUGAUCCGGAGCACGGGUCAAGCGCAGUGCAAGGUCUACGACUCGGUCUUGGCGCUGCCGCGAGACCUGCAGGCGUCCAGAGCGCUGGUGUGCGUGUCCCUGGGAGUAGGGGUGGUAGCUGUGGGCCUGAGCGUGCUGGGUGCCCGCGGCACAUCCUUCCUGCGCCAUGACUGGCCCACCAAAAACAAUGUGGGCCUGGCGGCCGGGGUGACCUUCGUGCUGGCCGGCGUCCUGUGCCUGAUUCCCGUCAGCUUGUCGGCGCACGCCAUCAUCACUGGAUUCUUUGACCCGUUGCCCUCUGAGGAGCGGCGCGGGGAACUUGGUGCUUCCAUCUAUGUGGGCUGGGCCUCGGGGGCGCUGAUGGUCAUCGGCGGAGUCGUCAUGUGCUCUGUGUACUCGUGCUGAAGUGGCGUUUUUGUAGGUUCAAAAAAAUUUUGGGGGUUCACUAGUUUCACUUUUUGUUGUAGCAAAGCAUACCAUUGUUGACUUGACAUAAAAGACAGCAGUAGUUGAACUUUUUUUGUCAUUCAACUUUCUGUGGUGUCAAAGGCUGCAGGGACUCACCCCAUCUACUGUUUGGCAUCCUAAAAUGAGGAGGCCAUUUUGUUGUGUUCCCAAAAUGUGAAGUGGCUCAGAGUCACUUGACAUUAAGUGCGAAGUGUACAUUUACAGUGGAGCAAAUAAGUGUUUAGUCAACCACUAAUUGUGCAAGUUCUCCCUCUUGAAAAUAUUAGAGAAGCCUGUAAUUGUCAACAUGGGUAAACCUCAACCAUGAGAGACAGAAUGUGGAAAACAUUAGAAACAUUGUUCGAUGGUUAUAGAAUUUGUUUGCAAAUCAUAGUGGAAAAUAAGUAUUUGGUCAAUACCAAAAGUUCAUCUCAAUACUUUGUUAUGUACCCUUUGUUGGCAAUAACGGAGGCCAAAUGUUUUCUGUAACUCAUCACAAGCUUUUCACACACUGUUGCUGGUAUUUUGGCCCAUUCCUCCAUGCAGAUCUCCUCUAGAGCAGUGAUGUUUUGGGGCUGUCGUUGGGCAACACGGACUUUCAACUCCCUCUACAGAUUUUCAAUGGGGUUGAGAUCUGGAGACUGGCUAGGCCACUCAGGGACCUUGAAAUGCUUUUUACGAAGCCACUCCUUUGUUGCCCUGGCUGUGUGUUUGGGAUCAUUGUAAUGCUGAAAGACCCAGCCACGUCUCAUCUUCAAUGCCCUUGCUGAUGGAAAGAGAUUUUCACUCAAAAUCUCUCGAUACACGGCCCCAUUCAUUCUUUCCUUUACACAGAACAGACGUCCUGUUCCCUUUGCAGAACAACAGCCCCAAAGCAUGAUGUUUCCACCCCCAUGCUUCACAGUGGGUAUGGUGUUCUUCGGAUGCAAUUAAGUAUUCUUUCUCCCGCAAACACGAGAACCUGUGUUUCUACCAAAAAGUUCUAUUUUGGUUUCAUCUGACCAUAACACAUUCUCCAAGUCCUCUUCUGGAUCAUUCAAAUGCUCUCUAGAGAACCGCAGACGGGCCUGGACGUGUACUUUCUUCAGCAGGGGGACACAUCUGGCAGUGCAGGAUUUGAGUCCCUGGCGGCGAAUUGUGUUAUUGAUAGUAGCCUUUGUUACUGUGGUCCCAGCUCUCUGUAGGUCAUUCACUAGGUCCUCCUGUGUGGUUCUGGGAUUUUUGCUAACCGUUCUUGUUAUCAUUUUGAUGCCACGGGGUGAGAUGUUGCAUGGAGCCCCAGAUGGAGGGAGAUUAUCAGUGGCCUUGUAUGUCUUCCAUUUUCUAAUAAUUGCUCCCACAGUUGAUUUCUUUACACCAAGCAUUUUACCUAUUGCAGAUUCAGUCUUCCCAGCCUGGUGCAGGUCUACAAUUUUGUUUCUGGUGUCUUUCAACAGCUCUUUGGUCUUGGCCAUAGUGGAGUUUGGAGUGGGACUGACUGAGAUUGUGGACAGGUGUCUUUUAUACCGAUAAUGAGUUAAAACAGUUGCCAUUAAUACAGGUAACAAGUGGAGCCUCGUUAGACCUCGUGAGAAGAAGUUAGACCUCUUUGACAGCCAGAAAUCUUGCUUGUUUGUAGGUGACCAAAUACUUAUUUUCCACUGUAAUUUGGAAACAAAUUCUUUAAAAAUCAAACAAUGUCAUUUUCUGUUUCUUUUUUUUCAUUCUGACAUUCUGUGUCUCAUGGCUGAAGUUUACCCAUGUUGACAAUUACAGGCCUCUCUAAUCUUUUCAAGUAGGAGAACUUGCACAAUUGGUGGUUGACUAAAUACAUAUUUGCCCCACUGUAUUUGGUAAGACUCUUAGCUUCAAACAAUGUCAUCAAUUAUUUUAAUCACAUGUAAAUAUUAUAUUGUGAG